UUGUAAAUACCGUUAUUUCGGUCACCUGAGCCAUUGUAUAUAAACCGCGAAUCCCGAAAUUUUCGUCUUUCAAACUCCCGCCCUCUCAGAUCUAUGCAAACAUGGAUAUUCUCCUCACCCUACUUGGACACUACGGAGGUUACCGGUUUUUGUAUGUUAUAGAUAAUCUGUAACAGUUUAUCAAGUGGGUUUUCGAGAGGACUUGCACAUUUGUUGUUGUACAUGGUAUUUCCAUAUAUGACAUGAAGUGCAAAAGUGAAGCUGACACUUUAUUGUAAAGUGAAAAAUACAAUUUUACUUGUGGAGCUUGGUGUUUGCUUGCCUUUUGUCGCAUGGAUUCUUCGACUAGAGAAAGCAUCAAUUCUACAGCUGCUGAAUGACCAAGUGGCCAGAAUCUUUCCAGAACAGCUCCUGUAAUGGAGACUGGAGCACUGGAUAAAGAUUCUAAAAAUGCUAAUGGGAAUUUCCCUGUGCCAAUGCAAAAAUGAAGGAUCUCUGCAAGAGCCUGCACAUGAAAUGCAACCCGAGAAACAAGAAUCCCAAGGGAUGACUUUUGUUGAAGGUCAAAAAGAAAUUGAGUUGGAGCAAGGACCUCAAUCCCCAAAAGAAGUAAAGGAACAACAUGUUGGAGAUGACACUGUAGAUACUUCGAGUGUGGGUGAGGUGGGUGGCGAAUGCAAAGUUGAAGUGGUAUCACAUCCAAAUGUGAAUGGUAAUGAAGUUCAGCAAUCAAGUGGAGCUGAUGUGCUUAAUCAAGAAAAAUUUGAUGGUGGGGCACCUGAAACAACCACUCAAUCACAAAAAUUUGAAAAUAAAGAUGAUUCUUUCCCUCCGGAAAAUCAGGCUGAAGCAGCAGAUCCUUUGAAGGGCUCUCAACCUAGUUGUUCUAAAAUGAAUGUUUCGAUCCAUGAAGUCUCUGGUGUUGUCGGUUCUGAUCAAGGAACACAUGCUGACACCGUGGAACCACAUGGAACCAAUGAGCAGGGGGAUUCUCAUAUGAAUGUACUUGGUCAUGAUUCUUCUCAAGUGUCUGAUGUAUCAAUGAAACAAGGAGAGGAUUCUUCUGAGAGGGUGAUAUUAACAAGUGAUUCUCAUGGUGCUGACAUACAGAAACAUGUUGCUGUUGAUCCAUCUACCAUUGGUGAUGACAAAAAUACUGAACCGGGAAAUGACCAUAUUGAGACAGAGUCGAAAGAUAUGGUGGGUCGGAAAGUGCGUAAAAAGUUUGGACGAAAGAAGUAUUUGGGCGAUGUGGUCUCGUAUGAUAGUGGGACACACUGGUUCAGGGUUUUGUAUGAAGAUGGGGAUGUGGAGGAUUUGGAGAGGGAAGAACUUAAAGAAAUCUUGCUUCCUCUUGAUGGUGACCCACAAUCUAUUUCUAAUAAAAGAUCUCCAGGCAGUGAUGCUACUUCUCGUAAAUCUUUUAGAACCAAAAAGGCCAAGAUUUUAGACUUGCCAAGCACUCCGGGGUCAUUGAAGAGGUCGUCUAAGAGCAAGGGAAACAAAUCAUCCAUUCGCAAAAACAAGGGACGCAAAUCAUCAACUCCCAAGAGCAAGGGAAGCAAGGUUAGCAAAUCAUCCAUUCCCAAGAACAUGCUCAAAUCAUCCACUCCCAAGAGCAAGGUUAGCAAAUCAUCCACUCACCAGAACAAGGGUAGCAAACCAUCCACUCCCAAGAACAAAGGUAGCAAAUUAUCCACUCCUAAGAGUAAGGGAAAGGAACGAAAGGCCUCAGUUUCUUCCUCUAAAAGGGAAAAGAAAACCCCACUUUCUCUUUCUACAGAGAGCACUGAAUCAGGCAGCAAACGUGCAUCAAGGAAACGCUCACUUGAUGAUGUGAAAGACUUAGAAUCCAUCCCUGUCCAGAAGAAGCCCAAAGAUAGCUCAAGAAAGAGCGCAUUUAGUUCUAGACAGAAGGGUACAAGGCUUCCAGAUCCAUGUGGUAUAGAAAGCACUCUUAAUGAAUCCGACGAGGUUCGUGGGAGGCCAAAGAAGUCUGAGGUUUCUCAAGGUAAAGAGAGAAAGAGGGCAAGAUCAGAUGAUGAACAAAUGGGGGGUAUCCCACCUAGUGAGAGAAAGGAAAAAGUGGUUGGCAUGAAGGUGAGGAAAGAUUUUGGCGGUGUCCUGUAUAAUGGAAAAGUGGUGGCCUUCAAGAAAUUUUACCAGGUUUUGUAUGAGGAUGGUGACAAAGAGGAGCUUACAUGGACGCAGUUGGAGAAAAUUUUGGUUCCUAGAGACAACAAUGCCCUUCAACAGGAGAAAACUAGGCGUUCUCGUCGUAAACUUGCAUCUUGAAGUUAUUUUGAUGAUUUGGUGGCCUAAUUGGUAUGCUAAUUGUUAGAAGAAAGGAAGAAAAGUGUUUACAUUUUCAGCAGGUAGUUGGUUGACGUGAAUUUUAUAAUUUUUCCUUCUGAAAAAUUUCAUGUAAACAUGUCGUGGUAGAUGGGGCAGUUGCCUCUUUUUCUUGGGACAGAUAAUCGUUUAGACAUGUAGCUCUGCCUAUUUUCGACCUGCAACAGGCUUUGACCAAAGGUUGACAAUUUCUUAAAAAGUUAAUUUCUCUUCCACAA